AUAGCAGAUGCGGAAGUUGGUAUUUAGCGCCAAAGCUUGAGCUGGAAAGGAAACAACGAUGGAAGCUGCUCGGAAAAUAAAGACAAAAGUUUCUGCUGCCUUUAAAAUGAGGGGACUUAUCCUUCGGCCUGAAGCCAGCAGGUACCUUGUGGAGGUGCUGGAGUCGGUCGAUCACUCUGAACUUGAUGAUGUCAUCGAAAGAGUCCUGGAUGCGGUGGAGAAGCAGCCAUUGUCAUCUAGUAUGGUGGAGCUGGCGGUGGUGGAAAGUGCUGUUCAGGACUGCACUCAGUCGUCUGAUGAAAACAUAGAUUACGUCUGUAACAUCAUUGGAGCGUUCGACGUUCCCAGGUACAUUUACAGCGUGGAGAGGAAGAAAUUUGUACCCAUCAGUAUGACCAACCAUCCAGCUCCGAGCCUCUGUGGUUCGGCGAAGGACAAAGCGGAACUCUUUAGGGAACGGUACACAAUCUUAGAACAGCGCACACAUCGCCAUGAGCUCUUCACCCCCCCGGCGAUCGGAACUGUUGUUCAAGAAGGUCAAAACAAAUUUCAGUUGAGGACAAUUGAAGCGUUGCUUGGUAGCACAGCCAAAAUGGGAGAGGUGAUUGUGCUUGGAAUGAUCACACAACUAAAGGAAGGUAAAUACUAUCUGGAGGACCCGAGUGGAACAGUCCAGCUGGACCUGUCAAAAGCACAGUUUCAUAACGGUCUGUACACGGAGUCGUGCUUCGUACUGGCAGAAGGUUGGUAUGAGGAUUCUGUGUUCCACGUCAACGGCUUUGGGUUUCCACCUACAGAACCUUCAUCAGCUACACGGGCGUACUACGGUGACAUCAACUUCUUUGGCGGUCCAUCCGCCACCUCGGUCAAAGCGUCCUCCAAGCUUAAACAGCUGGAAGAGGAGAACGAGGAUGCUAUGUUUGUGAUCGUCUCCGACGUCUGCCUGGACAGCAUCGAAGUGAUGGAAAAGCUCAACACCAUGUUCUCAGGAUAUGCCGCCAUGCCUCCCACUUGUUUCAUUCUGUGUGGGAACUUCUCCUCCGCUCCUUUUGGGAAAACGCAGAUUAAAGCGCUCAAAGAUUCACUGAAGACCCUUGCUGAUGUUAUAAGUGAAUAUCCCAGCAUUCACAGCAGUAGUCGCUUUGUGUUUGUUCCCGGUCCCAAAGACCCGGGUCCAGGCACAAUCCUACCGCGGCCUCCCUUGGCAGACCACAUCACAGAAGAGUUCAGACAGAGAGUCCCCUUUUCUGUGUUCACGACCAAUCCCUGCAGAGUUCAGUACUGCAGCCAAGAGAUCGUCAUCAUCAGAGAAGAUCUGGUCAACAAGAUGUGCAGGAAUUGUGUCCGUUUGCCAAACAAAAAUCUCGACAUCCCAAACCACUUCGUAAAGACCAUCCUAUCCCAGGGCCAUUUAUCCCCACUGCCUCUGUACGUCAGUCCCGUGUUCUGGGCCUACGACUUCUCCCUGCGGGUCUAUCCGGUGCCUGAUGCCAUAAUUUUUGCAGACAAGUACGACCCCUUCAGCAUCACCAGCGCUGACUGCCUCUGUUUCAACCCGGGUUCUUUUUCAAAAAGUGGCUUCACGUUUAAAGUGUACUAUCCAUCUAGCCGGACCGUGGAGGACAGCAAACUUCAAGACCUUUAGAGAAAAUGAUGGGCUUUGUUUUUACCUUGUGUGAUAUUUGUGUUGUAUCUUAGUAAAUCAAACAUGUUUGUAACAGUUUUUAUUUAAAAUAAAGGUUUUAUUCUUU